GCGCCUGCGCGAGUCGCUUCCGGAAGUGACGCGCGGAAGGGGUGCCCGGGACGAAGCCAUGGCCCUGGAGGCGGCGGGAGGGCCGCCGGAGGAAACGCUGUCACUGUGGAAACGGGAGCAAGCUCGGCUGAAGGCCCACGUCGUAGACCGGGACACCGAGGCGUGGCAGCGAGACCCCGCCUUCUCGGGUCUGCAGAGGGUCGGGGGCGUUGACGUGUCCUUCGUGAAAGGGGACAGUGUCCGCGCUUGUGCUUCCCUGGUGGUGCUCAGCUUCCCUGAGCUCGAGGUAACCUGGGAGGACGCCGAGCUCGAGGUGGUGUAUGAGGAGAGCCGCAUGGUCAGCCUCACAGCCCCCUACGUGUCGGGCUUCCUGGCCUUCCGAGAGGUGCCCUUCUUGCUGGAGCUGGUGCAGCAGCUGCGGGAGAAGGAGCCGGGCCUCAUGCCCCAGGUCCUUCUUGUGGAUGGAAACGGGGUACUCCACCACCGAGGCUUUGGGGUGGCCUGCCACCUUGGCGUCCUUACAGACCUGCCGUGUGUUGGGGUGGCCAAGAAACUUCUGCAGGUGGAUGGGCUGGAGAACAACGCCCUGCACAAGGAGAAGGUACCACAGCCUCCAGGCCCCCCUCCCCCCAAGACCUGCCUGGAGCUGCCACCCACACUCUUCCUACCUCACCUUCCCCUGCAUCUUCCUCCUCUGGGACCCCAUGUUGGCACUGAGAGUGAGACACUCGCAAUGGAGGGAGCUGUUGACACCCCCAGCUGUUUCACUGGAUGGCAGAUUCUGAGAGCAGAGACUGCGUCUCUCAUUCCUCCCAGCUCUCAGAUCCGACUCCUGCAGACUCGAGGAGACUCAUUCCCUCUGCUGGGAGACUCUGGGACUGUCCUGGGAAUGGCCCUGAGGAGCCACGACCGCAGCACCAGGCCCCUCUACAUCUCCGUGGGCCACAGGAUGAGCCUGGAGGCCGCUGUGCGCCUGACUUGCUGCUGCUGCAGGUUCCGGAUCCCAGAGCCUGUGCGCCAGGCUGACAUCAGCUCCCGAGAGCACAUCCGCAAGUCGCUGGGACUCCCGGGGCCACCCACACUGAGGAGCCCGAAGGCGCAGAGGCCAGUGGCAUGCCCCAAACGAGACUCUGGAGAGUCCUCAGCACUUUGUUGAACGUGGCGGUGAGAGCACACGUCCUCGUCUCGUUCCUGAUCGAACGCGGUGGUGAGAGCACACGUCCUCGUCUCGUUCCUGAUCGAACGCGGUGGUGAGAGCACACGUCCUCGUCUCGUUCCUGAUCGAACGCGGUGGUGAGAGCACACGUCCUUGUCGUAUUCCUGAUCUUAAGGGAACGUUUGCAGUCUUUCACCACUAGAUGUGAUGUGAGCUGUUAGAUUUUCAAGGAUGCUCUUCAUCCAGCUGAAGACGGUCCCUUCUAGUCCUAAUUUGUUAAGUGUUUUUAUCCUUAAAGGGUACUGGAUUUUGUCAAAUGCUUUUCUGGCCUCUAUUGAAAGGAUCCUGUGUUCUUCUGUUAAUAUGAGGUGCUACAUUGAUUGAUUUUCGUAUGUUGAGCCAGUUCCCAUUUGUGGAAUACAUCAAACUCGGUCAUGGUGUAUAAUCCAUUUACUCUGCUGCUGAAUGUGAUUUGCUUGUAUUUUGGUGCGGAUUUUUACAUCUGUAUUUAUAAGGGAUAUUGGUCUGGUGUUUUCUUAUGAUGUCUUCCUUUGGUUUUGAUAUCAGGAUAAUAUUAGCCUCAUAGAUUGGGUUAGGAAAUGUUCUCUCCUCCGUUUUUUUGGAAGAGAGAGAUUGGUGUUAAUUCUUGCUAGAACCUUUGGUGGAAUUUGCCAGUGAGCCUAUCUGGUCUUGGGUCUUUGGGAGGACUUUGAUUCGAUUCAAUCUAUGUAUUUGUUAUAGAUCGUUCGGAUUGUCCAUCCUUGAGUCAGUUGCUAGCUUGUGUGUUUCUCGGAGUUUUUCCGUUUCAUCCAUUUAUCUCAUCUGUUGGCAUACCGUCGUUCACGGGAUUUUAUUGAUGUGUGUGAGGUCUCUGAGAACGUCCCUGCCUUCACUCCUGCUUUUAGUCACUGGCAUCUUCUUUUAACUUGGGCCGUCUGGCCGUGCAUGGUUUUGGGGGAGUCCUCCUUGACUCUGCAGAUGCUGAGCAGUGAUCUGGCUGGGAAAGGGGACCAGGCGUGCAGGGCACCUGCUGAGGACUCACCUAAGCCCAAGAGUCAGAGAGUCGGAGCUCCAACCACAUCUGCCUGCACGCCUUUCCCAGGCUCUCCCCAGGCGGACAGCCAGCACCCCCUCCCCAAAGACCGGGCAGUUCCUGACCAGCACCCCACCAAGUCCUCAGUAAGGCCUGUCUUUGGGGGAGCAGGGUUUCAGGAGGACAGUGGGGGUGGUGUAGAACUCACGGCUGGCGGUUCCGGGCCUCUCAGGAAGCUUUGCCACUGGGCUUGGGGUUAAGUGGGUGUGGGGCUCCGAACCGUAAAGGGGUGAGAGUUGAAAUGAAAGCGGCACCUGUAGUCCAUUUGGGGUGCAGGUGUAUGCCAGGGGUCUUCAGCCCCGGCUGAUGGCCACAUGAACCGCAUGAGGAGAGGCAGGGCAUGUCAGCAGCAAACCUAAGUGUGUGCUCAUUUCUGUGGGCCCUUACUCUGUGACACUGCAGCUCUCCAGAGAGAUGCUUUGAAAACAAAACAGGAAAGAACACACGGCCCCGCGUCUGUUGCCUGAGUCACUGUAUUCCUUAAAAGAUGAAGGACCCUGGUCCUUGGCUUUUCGUGCACAUGACAAAAUGUUGGCCAAGGUUAGCGAUUAUGCUUCUGUAAUCUGUAACCAGAAGUGCUCUUAUGCCCAAACCUUGGUGUGAUUCUGCUGUAAGGUAACUUCAGAGCCAGCUGGAUGGAUGUGACUGUGCAGGUCCUGAGCCCCGGCCCCCAUAGCCAAGCAGUGGGCCGAGACACUGAGCCGGGCAGUCAGAUAGGAGCUCUCUAAGGCUGCUCCCGGGCUGGGGCCUGGGUCUAGGAUUCUCAGUAAGACCUUUGAAUAAAACUAACUUGAAUUCUUCAAAA